AUGGAUAUUAGCUAUAAUAAAUAUUGUUCUGAACAAUUAAGAUUAAUUUCAGAUUUUGAUAAAAUUCAAGAAAUAUUUGAAAUUGUUUUAAAAAAUCUUUAUCAUUUAAAUUCAUAUUUGAAUAAAAUCAAUAAUAUUUUUACAUAUGGUAUUGGUAAUGAAUAUGAAAAUCAAUUAGUACCAGAUAAUUCAAUUGAUUUUAUAUUUUCAUUUUCAACUUUACAUUGGGUACCAAUUUUAAGUGAAUAUAAAUCAUUUGAAGGUUCAUUAUAUAUACCAAUUACAGAUUUCGGUGGUAUUUUUUCAUGUAAUAUUUUAAUUCAAGAAGAUCAAGGUAGUGAAAAUGAAGAAAAAAGUAAAUCUAUUUAUUAUUCUAUGAUAAAAGUUAAAAAUAUUCUAAGAGAAAUGAGUUAUGAAUCAAUUUUAUCAAGAAAAGAAGUUGAAAUGAAUAUCAAUAUACAAUUGACAAAUCAACAAAUAAUACUGGUCUAA